AUGGAGCGUAUCACAGGCACCCUGAUCCUGGCAGUUUUCACAGCCGCACUGGGAUCUCUGCAGUUCGGUUACAAUGUCGGGGUCAUCAAUGCACCGCAGAAGAUCAUCGAGCGGAGUUACAACGAGACAUGGAUGCGGAGACAGAUAGCAGUGCAACAGCCUCAGCCCAUUGACCAAGCCACACUGACAACACUCUGGUCGCUCUCAGUCGCUAUAUUCUCCAUCGGAGGGAUGUUCUCCUCCUUCCUGUUGGGCACGCUUGCUGAAUGGCUGGGCAGGAGAAUGAGUGUGGAUGAAUUGAUUCAAGUAAAGACCGAGCACCAUGGUGGGACAUUAGGAACAUUGCAUCAACUGGCCAUUGUGUCAGGCAUCCUAAUCGCGCAGAUUUUUGGCCUGGAUGUUAUCCUGGGGACAGACGAGCUUUGGCCAAUGCUCCUGGCGGUGACAGUUUUCCCUGCUAUCCUACAAGCCGCCCUCCUCCCCCUGUGCCCUGAGAGUCCGCGGUACCUGUACAUUGCGCGCAGUGAAGAGGAAAAGGCCAAGAAAAGUUUGAGGAUGUUGACAGGGAGACAGGACGUCACUAAAUUACUAACUGAGAUGAAGGAGGAAAAGAGGAGGAUGAACAGGGAGCCGAAAGUGACCAUCGCCCAGCUCUUCAGAAGCCCCUCGUACCGUCAGCCCAUCUUCAUCGCAAUCACCCUUCAAUUAUCCCAGCAACUGUCGGGGGUCAACGCUGUCUUCUAUUAUUCGACCAGCAUCUUUAUCAGUAUGGGGAUCCAGCAGCCGGUCUAUGUUACCAUUGGAGUCGGGAUCAUCAACACAGCCUUCACUGUGGUCUCUUUAUUCCUUGUGGAGAGAAUGGGUCGUAGGACACUGCACUUGCUGGGAUUGGCUGGGAUGAGUGUCUGUGCCUUCACGAUGACCAUUUCCUUGGCGUUACUGGAUAAGUUGCCCUGGAUGAGCUACAUCAGCAUGGUCGCCAUCUUUGGUUUUGUGGCCUUCUUCGAGGUGGGGCCAGGCCCCAUCCCAUGGUUCAUUGUGGCUGAGCUGUUCAGCCAGGGGCCGCGGCCGGCUGCAAUGACCAUCGCCGGAUUCGCCAACUGGACCUCGAACUUCCUGGUGGGGAUGACGUUCCAGUACAUCGUGGAGCUCUGUGGCCCUUUCGUCUUCCUCAUCUUCGCCCUCCUGCUUGUCGGCUUCUGUGGCUUCACCUACUUCAAGGUGCCAGAGACCCGGGGAAAGACCUUUGAUGAGAUUGCAGCCACCUUCCGCCGAACACCCUCGCUCCUGGACCAAGAGUUCAAACAAAACAGCACUGAGCUCGAGUAUCUCGACGAUGAGUUCACCAUGUUGAAACAGGAAAAGGAGGAAUUUAAAAGGCAGGGAAAAGAUGCUGAUAUUCAAUUAGCUGGAUCUGGCUCUUCCCAGGGCUCGAGACAAAAGGUGUGUUGGCUGAACGACCUGAGGAAGAGCACCCUGUUGGUUGUGGUCUGCGUGGACCAGAAGAAUCAUAAGAAAGUGGAUGACUAUCGUCCGUCAGAGUGGCCUGGAUGA